AUGAUUAAUUGGGCUGCAAAUGAUGUUUGUCAAAAUGAUCAUAAACUACAGUGGGUAAAGAAGCAUAUUUCUAAAUGUACUCAAUGUGGCCCAGUCGACACAAUGAGCAGAUACGGAUGCGUUUAAUGCAAUAUAUAUUAUUGUGUAAAAUGCAGAUAGCCUCCUGUGAUGGGAGAAUUUUGUGGAGGAGGACACGAAUUGAAAUACGUUCCUAAUCUGAAAUAUCAUUCUUGCGAUGUAUGUAGGGCUUCAAUUGCAGGAGGAGCAUAUAGAUGUUAAGAAUGUGAUUAUGAUGUAUGUGAAAAAUGUUGGAUAGUAAAAGAAGAUUGA